AUGGAGACCAGAGCGCUUGGGUGGUUGCUGCUCGUCCUGGUCUUGGCGUCCCCGGGGGCCGGGGAGUACGUGGGCCUGUCUGCGAGCCAGUGUCAAGUCCCAGCCAAGGAGCGGGUGGACUGCGGCUACCCCCGGGUCACCAAGGAGCAGUGCAACAGCAGGGGCUGCUGCUUCGACUCCAGCAUCCGGGACGUGCCGUGGUGCUUCAAGCUGCAGGAGACAGCGUCCUUACCCAGCUCUGCCUCCAUGGUGGUCCGGGGCCGCGCGGGCUACACAGACCAGAUGUUACGACUCCGAGAGGAGAACACGGACGCCGCCCCUCGCGGUGGCCUCGGUCAACUCCGGGGCGAG